AUGAUUCAGCAGCUGAAAAACUUCAUUCUGCUCUAUUCCAGCAUACACAUUUUCAAUCCUGUCCCUCUCCGAAUAAACAUGGACUGCUCGACUUUUCUAGGAGCUCAAGGUAGGCAGCAUCUAGAAGAGUAUAAGCUCAAUCGAACAGUUCUCGAACAAAGAAUCGACCUCAACGUGUCCCAAUGUUGGACCAUCCGGAAGCGGCGUUAUCUUCCAACAGAGGUGCCUGAUAGCAUGGAGGUCCAUCACAACAUGUACUUCCUGCGGAUUGUCAGUAAGAACUACGAUUUUCUGGAAGAGGUAUUAACGAUGAUGUACUCACCACUGCACUUUUACUGCUUUGUUAUCGACAGCAGCGCAUCGCCAAGGUUCGAGGAAUUGGUGCGAACACUUGGGAAGUGUAUUUUGAAUAUUAUUGUACCACCGAAUACUUAUGACACUAGCACUGCUCGUGGUACUCUAACAGCCAUUAACGCCUGUUAUGUGGGUAUGGAGGAGUUCCCGUGGAAGCACACGGUUGUAUCGGCGGAGAACGAGAUACCCAUUCAUUCUGUCCACUACAUUGCGGACAAUGCCAGAAGACUUGGUAAUGGGGCGCGAGUCGGAAGAGUAACAAUAUCGGAAGAGCACGCUAGAAUCCUUAGUGCUGAUGAGUUUUUCCAAGCUCAUCCUAGAGACCAAGAGUAUCUGCGGCGCUUAGUGUGUACUUGGCUUGAUGACCGACGGUUUCCACUUACACUACCUAGGAACUUUCAGCUUCCUCUAUUCAGAUUCUUAGGUGGACAGGAUCUCGAAAAUUGCCAAGUUAGUAAUUCCUUUUGCCUAGAAGGCUUUGGGAAGUACUCAUUUCAUAGCUAUAGUUAG